UGUAAUAAAAAACUUGUUUAUAAUAAUUUUUUUUGUAGCAUAGAGAACGUCACAGUAAAUGUUUUUAUAAUCUAUAAAACGUCAAUAAUGCAAAACGUCAAUUACGAUUCUUAAAAAGAAAUCGCGUUCUGUAGGUACUUCUGUAGCGAAAAAAAGAAUUUCCUGUUUUGUUAAUUUAUAUCAAAUUAUAGUAUUAGUGAAAUAUGUAUUGAAAAAAGAAUUAUGUUUUUACGACAAUUGUUAGCAGAUGGCUAAAUUUUUUAUCAAAAAUUGAUGUAAAUAUUCACGUUUUGUGUUCCGAUUGAUUUUAUUUUAUUUUUUAAACAGUGGCUUAUUGAUAAUAAUAGCUGUAUAUAUUCACUUUGCUCGUGACGUGGCUGUAUUUACUAAAAUCGAACGUGUCAUAAUGUGAAAUGUGAAAUAGUUUAAGCUUUUAUAAGUGAUGGAUGAAAGCAUAAAGAACUCCCCUUGUAAGGAAUGUAGUGAUGGUGCAGAAGCACAGUUACGCAAAGAAGUGGAGCACUUGCGUGUUCACCUCGCUGAGCGUGAUGAACACUUUGUAGCUCUUGAGACUGAGUUUUUCAAGUCUACCUCUAGAGCUCAUGAUUUAGAAGAACAGAUCGGUACUUGGAGGGAAAAAUAUGAGAGAUUAUAUGAUUCACACAAGAGAGUUCAAAAAUUGAAUCAAGUUCUUGAGGAUAAGUUACUUCAAAUGGUAGACAAGAUGAAGAGUGAAAAAAGUCAGCUGACCAAAGAUAUUGCUACUCUUUCUGUGAGGUUGGCAGAAUCAAAACACAACUAUAGUAUGCUACAAAAAGAAAAUGAACGGUACAAAAAUGACAUGAAUUUAGCAAUUCAAUUGUUGCAAUGCAAACCAGAUAAUUUUGUGUCUCAGAAGCUUGAUAGUUUGCCAGUCGAUACACAAGCAAGGGUAUCACAAUAUGUGAUGUCAAAGACACCAAAGCAGGCAAGUUCUAGUCAAUCUAAAAAUGCAAAUGAAAUUGAUACUUUUGAUGCAAGUGAGUAUGAAUUCAAUAUAUCUGCCUCACUUAUGUCUAAAAUACUAGAAGAUAGCAUCCAGGAUUCUGUGACAAAACAUUGUGAUACAUGCACUUGCUCUAAGUCACAAAAUAAACCAUUUUGCUAUAACGACAGCCACUACACAGUAUCUACGCAAACGAUUUUAAGCGGAGAAGUUAAGAAUUAUCUUUGUUUAAACUGUAAUGCUGAAAUAAAAUCGAUUAAUUCAGGCUUUAGUGUAAGAAGUAGCUCACCUACUUCUGGCAGAAUUGUAAAUAAUAGAACUGCUCACAGUCCUUUAUAUAUUGCACAACAACCUCACGCAAUUGAACAGAGAGAAUCCUCAAACUUUGUAAUUGAAAACAUUAAACCAAAUAAUAUUAUAAAUGACAUUAUUAAAACUGAAAGUAGUAUGAAAUUAGAAGCAGAUACGCAAAGAGAACUUGGCCAGAAAGUAGAUGGAGAUAAUAAAACGCGAAAUAAUAGCAUUGACAUGGAACCAUCAGUUCACCACCAGCUUUGUGACAGAACGAAGACUUCAAUUUCUAGCAAAAAAAGUAGUAUUCUUAGUGCAUGUAAUGAUGAUUUGCUCAUUAGAGAUGUACCAAAUGGUAAAGAAGGUAAACCGAGAAUUCCUGGUACUCCAAAUGAAAAUUUGAGGAAAAGUUCUCAGAGCUCCAUGGGCGCAGCUAGCCGAACGUCGUCGAUAGCUAAAUCAACAGUAAGCACACACAAAUCUAAUACAACAGUAGGUCCCGGACCAAGAUUUUGUCAUUUGCGUAUGCAAGCUGGGUCUAAAAAUAUAUUACUAGACAAUGUGGAACCUGAUGUUCCACCAGUUUUAUAUAGACGUCAAAGUAAGUGUAAUGAAAACUCAAUAUUUAAAGAUCUCAAUGAGGGUAUAGAUAACUUUAUUGACUUAGAAAAAAAUGAUGACGAUGUUAAGAAUGAUAUAAAAGAUAACAAUGUAGUGGUAGAAACAACUUUGAUCGAUGUUCAUGUUGAUAAUAACAAUAAAGAACCUAAUUUAAUUGUGAAAAACACUACAAUUAAUCCUAUAUUGCUGAACGUUUCAUCAUCACCUUUGCAACCAUUGAAAACUCACAAUUUUUCAAAUACCUCUGAGCACAAUAAUAAUGGUUCUCAUAUCAGUAGUCAAAAAAAUACUUCUGAAAUCGAUAACUUACUAAACGAUUUCAGUGACGAUAUAAAUAAUUCGCAGACAAAUAACAAUACAAAAAGUAAUGAAAGCAGCAAUAAAAACGAUGUUUUAACACCUAUUGAUAAUAACGAUAUUAAAAUAUUUAAUUUUGAUCGUUACGAGCAAAGCAAAGUAGCUAGUCAGUAUACUAGACCAAUAAAGAAAAUUGACAUGUCGCACUUUCAUUCUCUUGAAAAUACUAAAAUUUCAAAAGAUUAUCCACCUCUUGGUGAUUUCGAUCUCGAUAAAAAGCCUGAAACGAUUAAGACGUCUUUACCUAACAUUGUUAAUGUUUACCCAAAUUUAACUCAGACUCAUCUAAAAGUUAACGAAAAUAAAAAGAUCUUUACAAAUGAACAGAGCACUAGCUCGCUUUCUAGCGAUGAUAGUGCAGCCAUAUUACAGAAGCAACAGUUGCUUAGAGUCGCAGAAUGGGUGGAAAAGAAUUUAGAACAACAAAACAAUUUGAAUGAUCCCUUAGAGGACGAAUGUCUUUUUCCGAACCAAAGUAUGAGAAGAGAUAGUAAGAUAAACCGACUUACUGAAACAUUGAACGAACUUGCACUCAAUAUGCCACAUCCUGUCAGCAAAUAUUCGAGGUACUCCAGAGAGCCAAGAAACAACUGGCCUCAUAACAGUGUCACUGCUCAAACCAAGGAAAAACUUAUAAAACCUAGUGGAUCAAAUCCUAAGAUUGUAAAUAACGUCGUGAAAGAAACCAUAUUCCCAGUUGAAUAUGGAGACGAUGCUAUUACAGAGAUAAAUAAUGCUGCAAAAGUCUUUAACCGCAGCGACAUUGCGGAUAUUGAUGUAGGGAAGGAGUUGCGAGAUGCUUUGAAAUCGAAAGGGGAUAAGGAAAUCUCGCCAGAAGAUUUGGCAAGAAUGGAGUAUAAUGUAAAGAAAUUUCUACUAAGCGGACCUUAUUGGGCGAAUCCGGGCUCCGCAGUUAGAAGUCGGCGCACAAGCAGCAAAACUGAGACUGAUGUAUAAUUCCGAUAUUGAAAUGUUUCCUUAUUUAUACGUGUAUAUCCCGCAAAGGUGUAGCAGCUGGUGUCUUGAGUAUUUUUAAAUGUAGGUACCCAAUGCUAUUUGUUCGGUGUUAUUUGUUUGAAUAAUUACGAUCAGUUUAGCCCAGAGGU